AUGCCCAAAGUCUUCCUGGUAAAGAGGAGGAGCCAUGGGGUCUCGGUCCGAAGCUGGAAUGAGCUCCCGGAUGAGGAAAGGGCAGACACCUACAUCCCAGUAGGCCUAAACUGCCUACUCCAGGAACCCCCCGAGGACAGCCGUAGCGAUGGCGGGAGCAGCAGCAGCAGCGGCGGCAUUAGCAGCAGCAGCAGCGCCGGGGAGCAGGGAGGCACCGAGAGCAACUCAUCCCCGCGCGCCCCCGAGCGGGAAGCCAGCGAACCUGGCGACACCGAAGGCCCUGGUGGACACCUGGCGGCGAAACAGCGCCCUGUCGUCAGGUCGAAAAUCAAGUUCACCACAGGCUCCUGCGAUGACUCAGAUGUUCACAGCUGUGACAUUUGUGGCAAGGGCUUCCGCCUACAGCGAAUGCUCAACCGGCACCUCAAAUCCCAUAACCAGGUGAAGAGGCACCAGUGCACCUUCUGUGGCAAGGGCUUCAAUGACACCUUUGACCUGAAGAGGCAUAACCGCACACAUACAGGCAUUCGCCCCUACAAAUGUGACGUUUGCAGUAAAGCUUUCACCCAGCGCUGUUCGCUCGAGUCCCACCUGAAGAAGAUUCAUGGAGUGCAGCAGCAGUAUGCAUACAAGCAACGCCGGGACAAGCUGUACGUCUGCGAAGACUGCGGCUACACAGGUCCCACUCAGGAGGAUCUGUACCUUCAUGUGAACAAUGCCCAUCCCGGCAGCACUCUUCUCAAAAAGACGUCCAAAAAGCUGACGGCUAUUCUGCAGAACAAGCUGAAGUCCACACUGCAGAAGGAUGCCAACGUAAACGAGAAAGAGAAGUGA